AUGUUGCAUCUUGUCGGUCUCGGUCUCGCUGACGAGACUGAUAUCACCGUUCGUGGUCUGGAGAUUGUCAAGCGGGCCGAGCGGGUUUAUCUGGAGGCAUACACUGCCAUUUUGCUCGUGGACAAGUCUAAGCUUGAAGCAUUCUAUGGCCGACCCGUCAUCGAGGCAGACCGCGAACUAGUCGAGAGCGGCAGCGAUGAUAUCCUCGCAGGAGCAGACAAAGCAGACAUUGCCUUCCUCGUCGUUGGUGAUCCAUUCGGCGCAACCACACACACAGAUCUAGUGCUCCGCGCCCGCGAACUAGGAAUCCAAACCAACGUCGUCCCCAACGCAUCAAUCAUGUCCGGAAUUGGCUGCACAGGCCUCCAACUCUACAACUUCGGCCAAACGGUCAGCAUGGUAUUCUUCCUUGACAACUGGCGCCCAUCCUCAUUCUACGACCGUAUCCGCGAGAACGCCUCAAUCGGUCUCCACACGCUCGUCCUGCUCGACAUCAAAGUAAAGGAGCAAUCAAUGGAGAAUCUAGCGCGGGGACGACGAAUCUUCGAACCACCACGGUACAUGACUGUUGCACAGUGCGCGCAGCAGAUGCUUGAGGUUGAAGAAGAUCGCAAGGAGGGCGUUUACUCGCCUGAUAGUCUUAUUAUGGGUGCCGCGAGAGUUGGAGCAUCGGAUCAGAAACUUGUUGUUGGUACUUUGACUGAGAUGGCGGAGGUUGAGAUGGGUGCGCCGUUGCAUAGUGUUGUGCUUCUUGGGAGGAGGACACAUGAUCUUGAGAGAGAUUAUAUUCGACAGUUUGCUGUUGAUGAGGCGACUUUUGAUGCUAGUUAUGCUAAGUAUUAUGGGAAGAGCUCGUGA